GCGCUAGAGGCAGGGAGGGCUGAAGUGGCACUUUCUCGUUCUGUCGCGGAGAGCAUCUCUUCCCCAGCGCGGGUACGGUGACGGUAUCGCUGCCUCCGGAUCGGGCACUUGACAGGAGAGAUUCGAGGUCGCUGCCUCACGCUCGGAGUCCAUGUAAUUCCCCUCUCAGUCACAAACUUCAUCAGCACUACCAGGAUAAAUCUCCAGUCUCAUCACAGAGAAGACGCAAGUCGGACGUGGCCGUGGGAAAAGGACACGAAUAUGAUCUUCAAACAGCACUUGUUCUUCAUGCUUUACAGCGCAUGUGGACUUGUCAUUAAAGAGGCUGCAACGAAAAACAAAGUGAAAGGUAGCCAGGGCCAGGUCCCCAUCACUCAGAACGUGACGGUGGUGGAGGGGGGAACGGCCAACAUGACGUGCCGGGUGGAUUACAAUGAUAACACCUCCCUCCAGUGGUCAAAUCCAGCACAACAGACCCUCUUCUUUGGGGACAAGAAAGCCUUGAGGGACAACCGGAUUGAGUUGGUGCACGCAUCCUGGAAGGAGCUUACCAUCAGUAUCCAUGAGGUGACCUUGUCUGACGAGGGCCAAUACACCUGUUCCCUCUUCACCAUGCCCGUCAAGACCUCCAAGGCGUACCUCACCGUGCUGGGCGUGCCGGAGAAACCUGAGAUCACAGGAUUCACAAAGCCAGCCCUGGAGGGCGACCACGUCACCCUGACAUGCACGACGUCUGGGAGCAAGCCCGCUGCCGACAUCCGAUGGUUCAGAAACGACAAGGAGAUCCCAGGCGCCACGGAGGUGAAUGCCACGGGCAGGUCAUUCACUGUCAGGAGCACGCUGGAGUUCCAGGUGGACCGGAGCGAGGAUGGCGUGGCCUACACCUGUAGCGUUGACCACGUGGCGUUACUCGCCGCCCCCCAACAAGUCACGGAGGUCCUGGAGGUUCACUAUGCCCCUCGUGUGGAGAUCCUUAACUCGCUCAUAUUCCCUCAGGAAGGACAGUACUUUAAACUGGAGUGUGACUCUAUAGGCAACCCACUACCAGAGCCAGUAUUAUGGACGAAAGAUGGCGGAGAAUUGCCCGACAUGGAGCGCAUGAUUGUGGAAGGCAGAGAGCUCAUCAUCACAUCACUGAACAAAACCGACAAUGGCACGUACCGAUGUGAAGCCAGCAACUCCCUCGGAACAGACAUCGCAGAGUAUAAGCUGUUUGUGUACGCCAAAGACUUACCAGGUGCCACGACAGACCCCAACGCCCUCGCCCAACACGGACCGGACCACGCGUUGAUCGGCGGCGUCGUGGCGGUGGUGGUCUUCAUCACGCUCUGCUUCAUCAUCGUCCUGGGCCGCUACCUGGCCAGGCAUAAAGGGACAUACUUAACCAAUGAGGCGAAGGGAGCCGAGGACGCGCCCGAUGCAGACACGGCCAUCAUCAAUGCCGAGGGAAACCACGCACAUGCAGAGGAAAAGAAAGAAUAUUUCCAGGAAGCGGCAAGAAAUGUGGUUCAUCUCAAGUCGGAAAACCUUGGCUUUGCCAAUAAUUACGCUUUAAGAGAAGAAUAUGUAAAAUGCAUUAAUGUUUUGAAUGUGAAUCACAUGUAAUGUUUAAUGUGUUUUUUCAUUAUUAUAAUUAUUAUAAUUAUUUCAAAUGUUACAUUGUGGCAUUGGAUGUUACUCAGAGUGUACAACUGAGUGUACGCGAGUACGGAGUAAGAAAAUGGACAUUUGUUGUACAUAAAUGGACACCAAAUAAUGCUUACAUGAAUAAAAAAAAAGCAAAGGAAAAAAUGUCAAGCACAACUAAAUUAAUAAGUGUUACGUAGUGAAAUUAUACAUUUGAGAAUUCAUUUGAAAAUAUUUCAAAGUAUUUAAUUUCUGUCAUUUCUGUCUGUAUAUUCCUGCACUGUUGAGUUUAUGCCUUUUGCCCUCUCUCAAAACUAUUUGAAUAUAAAAGCACAAAGUAGAAGAAGGUACACAUUGUGAGACAGUCUCAGGAUUCCAACUGAGUGAAGUUCCGUCCUUGUUUUUAUUUCUUUUUCUUUUUUUUAAAUAUUGCUGAACUUCCUGUUGAAGUGUACUUUUGACCAAUUAUAAAGAAUGAGAGAUCAAAAAUAUGAAAAAAAAAAAACUUUUCAUGGGUCAUACUUUCCAACAUAUCAAGUGGAAAAAAAUUAACUGAGUGGAACAAUUGUUUUGUUUACGGUACUUAUGCCUCCCCCUUGUUAAUACGGCUGUACAUUAUUUUGCUAAUGUGAUACAUGGUGAAAAAUAUUGUUCUGAUAUGGGGUCCCAUAUGUAUUAAGAUUUGUAUAUUAGACAAUAUAGCUAUUUAAAGUGUUCCAUACAUCUUUUGAAUUUCACAUCAACAAGGAGCAAGUGUUUCAACACAAGGCAUGUAAAUACUGUGUAACUAUUAAAUUCAGUCAAACAUAAUGUAGAUUGUUGCUUUGCUUAUCUUUUGUUUCCAUAGUUUACAGACAUACUGAUUAAAUUGGAAUAUGUUAAUAGAAUUACAGAGUAAGGAAAUAUGCGAACAAAUAAGUACUGAAUUAUUAUUGUUAUUAUUAUUAUUAUUAUCAUCAUCAUCAGCAUUAUUAUUAUUAUCAUAAUUAUUACUAUUAUUAUACAGAAUAAUGUCAGUACAACAAUCACCAGUAUUGCCUUUGUGUUCAUAACAGAACUAUCGACCCACUGAAUCACUAGUGAGGUCAGGCUAUCCCUUCAACAUCACACUUUGGAAACAUUGAUGCUGUUCAUACUUAAUUUCUAGGGUAGCGUCCUUUGAGACAUUUUUCUACAUUUGCUUUGCCGUCUUGUUUUGCUUCUUUGGGACAAAAUGUGAAAGGUUUGCUUUUUUCCAGUAUUAAAUAUACAUUUUUCAAACGAUGCCUCUGUAAGAAAAGGGAAAAGUGAGGAAGUGAGUAAAAUAUGCACAACCGCCUGUCUGUUCUCCUUCUUUGAUACUGGUGCUGGUGACUGUACAAGCUUUGUAUACUGCCCAUAUACUGUAAUCUGUCUUCAUUAAGAUAUCCAUUGAUAAUAUCUUUGUCAAAUA